AUGCGGCUGCGCUUGGUGCUGCCCCUGCAGACGGGCGCCCUCAGGAGGGCAAAGCAGCGGGCCCUGCCCUACCUGCAGAAGAGGACGCACGCGAAUAUCCCCAAAGUCAGCACCCUGAAGAGCAUGGACCUUCCCAGCAUCCGAAAAACUGUCGAGUUGAGCAAAAAAAAAAACCUCAAGUCGAGAACUCUCUGGAGGAACUACCUCUACGUAGUUAUCCUCAAACUGUACAACAAUGAAGUGACCAAUUAUGUCGAUUUUAUGAUUAUAUUAAAGGUAUUAAGCAAGCAAGUCUCUCUGGAGAAAAAAGUACUAAAUUUUAUCUGCGAAAAGAUGGAGAAUCACAUGUACAAACUGACCAUACGGGAAUUAAGUCUACUCAUGUUGGUCCUGAGAAAACACAACUUCGACAAUCUGUACUUCAUAAAUAUGGUGGCAAAAUCUAUACUAAUAAAAAUGAAUAAAAAUGUCUCUUACAAAGACCUGGCAUUGAUUACCUUCAGUCUGUCCAGAAGCAUUGCCCUGACAGAGAAGAUCUACACGAACGAAAUUUUCCACCUGAGCGUUUUAAAAAUACACAAGGAUUUGAAGAAUCUAAAUUUCCACUCCCUCACUUUAUUCUUCUACUCCUACAGUCUUUAUUUUCUCCACCACUUCGAACAUUUUAACUCCUUUUUUUACAUGACCAAGAGUUUUAUCCAAGUGAUAAAAAAAAAUUUGUCUCUCUUCAACCCCACCGAUUUGAUGUUCACUUUUUUGUCUGCGAUGCAUAUGUAUGGUGCGUUUAAUAACGAUAUCAGGAGGGUGAAAUGGGAUAGUGUGAGGCAUUCGUCAGCUGAGGAAGUUUCACACGCUAAUGCAGCUUUGUUAAGGGGACGGCCUACACAUAAUCAUGCGCUGACUAACUCCAGUGAGACCAAGGAUGAGACGACAUUUGUACCAUCGAAGAGGAGUUCUGAGGAAAAACUCCCUACCAGGAGUGUUCUCGUACAGCCGCUUCAUCAGGUGAAUUACACCAACGCGAAAGCGGAGCAGCAGGAUGCACCAGCCCGUGGAGAGGCACUCUCCAAUUUUAUAAUCCAAGUCAGAUACGCAAUUGUAGAGAAACUAAAAUGCUUCAAAGUGGAAGAAGUAACAAACGUACUGUUUGCCUCCGUCGAUAGAGACUUGAGCAUUAACAGGAGGUACUUCCCCUUUCUGCAAAAGGACAUGAUAGAUAUGAAGGAUUACCUCCAUGUGUACGUUAAGAGGGGGCAGAGGUGGGAGGAAGAGGAAGAGAAGAGCGCGGGAAGGGGAGAACCCACCGAUUGUUCCGUCCAUUCCUCUGGUGAAGACUCCUCUCAUGUGUCCCCCCAGCGGGCUAAUUACAUCAUUCGAGUUAGCGAAGCCACUCACCAGGACGAAUCCUUCCUUAACACACUGUCGGAGGAAAUAAUUUAUCGUAACGAAUUCCUUACCGCGCGGCAGAUACUUUUACUUCUCUAUGCUUUGAGGGGAACUAAUACCCCAUUUAUACAGCUGGAGAAAAUCCUCUUAAAGCGAUUGGUGUGUUUGGAGAAGGAACUAACGAUCAGCCAAGUCAUGUUUGUGUAUCAGUACCUCUACUUCAGGACGUGCCUGUUUCACGAGUUAAGGAGGUAUGCCCCAAAAGUGUAUAAACAGGACAGGCAAAAAGAAGAGGUGUUCCUCCUCUGCGAUGGUGACAGUGGAAGGACGGAAAGUGACAAAUGGGGAGACCAAACCACCCUGCCAAGUGAACGAAAAAGGGACAAAGACAAUCAGGUGUAUUACCUCCACGAUGAUACAUCCCACUUGAAGAAAAGGAGAAAAAGGGACAGGAGAAAAAUCUAUCUGUAUGAUCAUUUUAUUUUUAAGUACCCUGCACAGGUUAGUACAGAAGAGGGACAAGUUACAAAAUUACAAGAAAACAAAACAUUAAAACGUUUCAUUAAUCUGAACAGAAGGGAAGACUCCCUGUCCAAAGAAUCUCACCCAACCGUAAAACGUGAUGGGAACAAUCCACCCACUGGAGAGACCGAGUACCAAAUCACGUGUUACAAUUUUUACCUCGAUGUAUACAAAAUUGUUUCCCUAAAAAUGCUAAACUGGCUGAAAAAUGAAAAACUAACUACCCCCACCACUCUGCACAUUCUGGAUAUAUUCAAAAAGUUAAACAUAAGGGACUACAGAAUGAUCAGACAUUUGUAUAGAAUGGAGAGGGACUUGUUAUUUUUGGACAACAGGAGCCUGGAAAAGGUUUUAAAAAUCCUUCUCAAAUUUAACCUCUAUAAUAUAGUGAAUUUUUUGGGGCUGCAUAAAAUCCUUCAGUUUAUUAACUUCAACUCGGUGGAUGAAUGCGUGUCCAUUUUGGGUCUGCUUGGCCUACUCUCCACUCGGAGGGAAACGAAGCACCAUCAUGGGGGGAGGGAGAAAAAGGCAUUCUCCAACUUGCCCAAUUCAUGCACUGAAAAUGCGGUCAAUUAUAUUUUAAAAAAUUUAAAACACUUGACAAAUACCCAUGAGUUAGAGAAGCUUCAGAUAACUCCCGUGUACAAUUCCCUACCGCUAAAAUAUUUCAAGCUUUUCAAAAAUGUGCUCUCUGUGAGAGGUUUGGCUCAACUCUCCUUUCAACAGAGUGGGGGGGAAAAAAAUCACCUUUCCUGGUCAGGUGAAAAUGAUCGAAAGGAGGGGAGCAACUUUGUGUUGCAUUGUGUGGACGACGUCAACCUGGGGGAAGUGUCUCGUGGUUGGGGGUCACUCGACCGCGGGGGUGCCUCCCAAACGAGACAAACUCCAAGCGACACUGCUCGGACGAGUUGCCUCAACGAGUACAGAGAUCUCCAGGAGGAAAUAUUUCAAGACCUGCACACAAUAUUCCCUCGGACGGUGGAAGUUUAUAAAAACGUGAGCGUGUCGAAUUACACAUUUCCGCUGGCUAUUAAUUUGCUAACGCUGGGGGGUGGAGCGCCUAACACGGUUAACGAGGCUGGCGCUACUGACUGGGCUGGCGUGACUAACUGCGCGAGCGUGGGCAGUGCCCACCUGGCAAAGACGACACACUCCCUUGCAAUUCCAUGCCGAAGCGAUGGACCCAGCCAGGCACAACAAUUGGACAGGAAGAACACCCUCCUUGUGGACAUCCUGUACGGCCACGACUUUUACUACACCCUGAGUGGAACGAAAGAACAAAAUCUGAAGAAGCACAACAUUUACGUAUCCUACUAUGGCAUGCAUGCGAAGAAGGCAAAUAAAAAAAUGGUUAAUUAUAAAAAGUACAUCAUAUUGAAAUGCGUCAAAAAAAUUGGGUACAAUUUCAUUUGCAUUGAUGCGAAGAGAUAUGUAAAAAACAAAAAAAAAAACAGAGACAAUCACCUGAACAGAGGUUACCUAACUAGUUUGAUCCUCGAUUUGAUUAAGAGGAAGAAAGGAAUUCCCCUAGGCACAAAUAGAAGGGUCAGUGGAAAAAACAGCUCAGCUACAUCGCGACAACGACGCAGAAGAAGGUCACUUUUGCGAGACAAAAGGCACAAGUGCAGCGUUGAAGAGCUGCCCUCCCAUGUGGGGACAAACAAACACCUCCGCAAGAUCCACGCUGGGGGACAAAAGGCGGGCCCCCCCGGGACCAACCAUCUGGACAAGUUGCGGCACAUGUUCCAGCUUGGGUAA